AUGGAGUCCCACAUAGAUAUUCGCCUCAAAGCCUACCGUUUCGUUGCAUACGGAGCUGUUGCGUUUUCCGUUACGGCAGCAGUAUCUCUUUGCCUCACCCUUCCGAUGAUGUACGCUUAUGCGCAGAACACAAAGUCGCAUAUGGCCAAAGAGUAUUCGUAUUGUUCGAGUUCCGUGCAUGACAUGUGGUCAGAAGUAAACACUGCUAAUGUACCACAAAACAGAACCGCUAGAAACGCAUACGCCGGAGGCGGUGGUGGCGGAUAUUCAGGUGCAGCUGGAGGCGGUGGAGGUGGUUAUGCUCAAGGAGGAGGCGGAGGCGGAGGCGGAGGAGGCGGCGGCUGCCAGGGUUGCUGCAACCCUGGACCACCAGGACCUGGAGGGUCUCCAGGAAAACCUGGAAAGCCGGGAAAACCGGGAUCACCAGGAAUGCCUGGCGCUCCAGGAAAAGGGGCUGCUGCCCCGUGUGAGCCAUCCACACCGCCACCAUGUCAACCAUGUCCUCCUGGACCUCCAGGACCCCCAGGACCCGACGGCAUGCCAGGACCAGCUGGAGGACCGGGACAGCCAGGAUCUCCUGGUGCACCAGUUCCACCAGGCCCGCCGGGACCUCCAGGACCGCCAGGUAAUCCAGGAAACGACGGACAGCCGGGACAGCCAGGAGGACCAGGACAGCCAGGAGAGAGCGGCUCAAGCGGAAGCGCCGAACCAGGGCCUCCCGGACCGCCAGGACCAGCAGGACCACCAGGACCAGAUGGACAGAGUGCUCAAAGUGGGCCAGGAAUGCCAGGACCAAAAGGACCACCCGGACCAGGAGGAUCUCCAGGACCAGACGGAAACCCUGGACCACCAGGACCACCAGGAAAUCCAGGAGGAGCAGGAGAAAAAGGAAUAUGUCCAAAAUACUGUGCCAUCGACGGUGGAAUCUUCAUCGAGGAUGGAACUCGUCGUCGUUAG